AUGUAUGUCUCAAAUGGCUAUGUGUUUUACGCUUUGACUUAUCUAGAACUAUUUCCUGACUAUACUUGUCCUAAAGGUUAUCCUGAUAAAUGUGAUUAAGCAGCAAGAUGUAAAGAUCCUGUUAAUGUUCAAAUCGAUUGGACAUCUCAUAGAUCCUUACAUAACUGGGUAGAAACUCUAUCUUUGGAGUGUGCCGAGUCUUAUAAAAUUGGACUACUUGGAUCUAUGUAUUUUGCUGGAUGGACUGUUUCUUGUAUUUUUGUACCAAGACUAUCAGAUCUUUAUGGCAGAAAAUGGCCUGUACUAAUUAGCUCUAUAGCAUCUGUUGCCAUUUAUACAGGUCUCAUUCUUUCAAGAAAUAUAAACCUCUCAAUUGCUUUAUUCUUCUUGCUUGGAUUAGGCUGCACUGGAAAAUCAUCAACAUUGUAUGUUUAUAUGCUAGAACUAGUCCCAAGUAACAGGCAAACCUAUGUAGGCACAUAUAUGCUUUUCGCAGACGGCUCAACUAUGAUUCUGCUUUCAUUAUACUUCAGAUUUAUUUCCAAUGAUUGGUUUUGGUUCCAACUAUAUGGUGUAAUUGCCACAGGUGUUUCAACUGCUGCUUGUUUUAUCAUUCCAGAAUCUCCUAAGUUUUAUGUGAGUUACAAGAAAUAUUAGUAGGCAAAAGAUGGAAUCGCUUUUAUCGCAAAAUUCAAUAGAUCAUACUUUGUCCAUUAGAACUAUAAGUUUGAAGCAGAAGUGGCAGACUUAAUGAAAUCUUAGACUCAAAUCUAACAGACUUAAGUGGACAUGAAUUUAACCGCAAUGAAGUAAACUCAGGAGGACGAGGCCCUAAGUGGAUCAAUUAAAGAGCUACUAAGGAAUAGAAGACAUUUCAUAAAUUUACUAAUCGUAUUACUACUUUGGAUUGUAUCAUCAUUCGACUACUUCCUUAUUAACUUCCAACUAAAAUACAUAGAAGGUGAUAUUUAUAUCAAUACAAUUGUUUCCUCUGUUAGUGAGGUCACUGCCUAUAUUAUAUCAGGAGCAUUGUAUGAGACGAUUGGAACUAAGGUAUCCUUUGUAUCUUCUUUUUGCAUAGCUAUUGUUGGUUCAAUCUUCUAUAUUAUAUUCGGAACAACAGCUAAAAAUCUAGUGCCAGUAAUGGUACUUGGCUCUAAAUUUGGAGUUUCAGCAGCCUUUAACUUGGUUUACCUAGCCAAUACUCUUUUCCCCCCAAUUUAUGCUUCUACGACUAUGGGAUUCUUUAAUGCCUUCGCAAGACUUGCUUCAAUGCUCGCACCAUAAUUUGCAGAAUUUGAUAGACCUAUACCAAUGAUUAUUUUCUGUAUAAUGGCUGGACUUGCUUGUGUAUUCUCAUUCUUCCUAAGAACCUAAGCAUCUAAAAAUUCGCAAAUAUAAUCUAAGACCCAAUCACCCUGA